GAUUUUCACGGCGACGCAAAAUCGCGCGUGUGAACACCCGGCGAUUUUACUGCGAUUCUAGAAAUUCACGUCGCCGUGAAAUCGCAGCGGUUUCGAACAUGUUCAAAUUUCACUGCGAUUUGGCUGCGAUUUUYAUGAAAAAAGGGCCAAAACAAGCAUUAGGGGUCCCCCCAAAGCAGAUUUGUAUAUGAUGUUACGUCACAAAAAACAUGGCGACCAAAAAGAUACAAGCAGAAAAAAGAGCAAAAAGGCAAUGGAAAAGUGAAGAAGAAGAAAUUCUGAUCAGCCAGUGGUCCAAGUACGACUGUCUUUUCAAUACAAGUUCGGAAGAAUUCAAGAGGACGGACAAAAAACAAGCUGCACGAGAWGCAAUAAGAAAGAUGUUGGAGGAGGAGACGGGUAGCUGUUUUACGGAUGAAGAUAUAAAAUCCAAAAUGCGAAACCUAAGGACCCAUUAUGGAAAAGAAUUGGGGAAGACAAGAGCUUCCAAGGUCACUGGAACUGGGACUAAAGAUGUCUACGUACCAACUUGGAAAUGGUUUAAAAUGCUGGGAUUCCUCUCUGACAGUAUUACCCCAAUAAAGACAAGACCAACCCCAGGUGUGCAAAUCCCCAUUGAUGACGAAAAUGAGGAAAAUAUUAAUGAACACCUGCAGGAGUUUUCAGAGAAAGAAGACUAUGCAGACACCCCAUUGGAUGCCUCUAGUGAUGCAGGUGAUAUGUUGGCUUCUAKGAAAUCAGUGAAUCGUAGUAGUAAGUCAUCUGUGAAAACUGACCUCGAAAGCAAAUUACUGGAAAGAUCCAUGUCAGUGCUUGAGGAUAUUGGUAAAAAGCRGGUUUCUAGCACAGAGGAAGAUGGCGAUUCUCUAUUUGCCAAACACGUAUGUCACACUUUAAAAGAAAUAAAAACCAAACAGGCCAAGGAGAUGGUGAAACUUAAGAUCCAACAAUUGCUUUUUGAGGCACAGUUUUGUAAUAAUUCCCAAGCAACACAACCAAAUGUUUGGGAAUUACCAUUUCCUAGUAGUUUUGCUCAAUUAUAGUGAGCAUAAAUUUCUAUUCAUGGAGAGUUGUAACACAUGUAUGAAAGGUUGUUACUAAGAAAUAUUUUUGCCUU